AAGCGAGCUUACACUUGCAGGGGGAUAGAAAGCCACGAAGAUAAAGCUGAAUUCGAAGAAGAAAAAAUGUUGAGCGUCUCAAUUGCUUCCCCAGCAACCUUAACUUUCUCUCCAAAACCCAAAUUUUCAAUCCCGAAGACCUCCUUCACCGGCGUCAGGAUCCAGCACCUAUGUCCCCAACGGUUGCCUUCUCAGACGACAUCGUUUCGAAGACCGUCGGCUUCUUCUUCGGUGGUAAUGAUGGCGAAGCGAGAAGAAGAAAUGAAGGAAAUAAGAGCCAAAACGACCGAGGAAAUCAACGAUGAAGUGGUUGAGUUGAAAGGAGAGCUUUUGAUGCUUCGUCUUCAGAAAUCGGUUCGUAAUGAGUUCAAGUCCAGCGAAUUUCAGCGUAUGCGCAAAAGGAUUGCACGCAUGCUUACUGUCAAGCGAGAAAGAGAGGUGGAGGAGGGCAUCAACAAGCGAUUGUCGAGAAAGCUGGAUAGGCAGUGGAAGAAAAGCAUUGUUGUGAAACCACCCCCAUCUUUGAUCAAGUUGAGAGAGAAAGAAGCAGCAGAAGAAGCUGAGAAAUCUGCUGCUUGAAUGAAACCACUCAUAUAUGCUUUGACAUUUUCAUGGCUUGCAGUUUCUAACUUUUAGAACCGUUUUGUAGGAGCAUUUAUUUUAUACUAUGUUCCAAGAAAAGGCUUUUAAGAAAUUAAAACUCGUUUUAUCUA